AUGGGUCCUGCUAAGUCCUCCCAAGUUGGAAUGGUGGUAGUUUUUGUAGCUGUCAUAUUUCUCAUGAUGUCUAUUCAGUUGGCUUCUGCAGCCUCUGAAUCUGAUGAUACACUCCCAGUAUUUAAAUUCGACUGCAGAAUGGAACCCUCAGCGUCCAGAUCCGAAGAAGGAGCCGGUUCGUCUUCGCUGGAUGUUCCCGUGGACGAAUCCCUUGAGGUUUUCUCGGUUCUCACCCGAGAAGAAUUCGAGAGGAUAAAGAAACAGUUCGACGUCCACAUGGAGGUGUUCCUCGACGCCACCCGGUCGUCGCGGCAUCCGUCCGAUGGCCUGGCUGCAAUCUUCGAAGAGAUCUUCAAGGGCGGGGGGAUGAUUCCUCUCCACCCUUUUAUUAGGUCAGUCCUGGAUCACUUCGGGAUCGCACCAAUGCAAUUAAUGCCAAACGCGAUGUCAUCGCUGUUGCGAUUUAACAAGAUGACCAGCCUAAACCUGCUCACCGACCCGGAUAGGAUCAUGUCUUUUGGGGUUCUCCCUGAAGAAAGUCGGGACGCGAGAAGGCUCGUGAUGACCGUAAACUUGCGGAAGUACGGUUUUUUCAACGACCAGGCGUCUUUAGAGUCCCCAGAACCGACCAUGCUGCCGAAAGAGUCCGAGCAGCCUCGAAGAGCACCAUUCAACUUCCCUCGAUCUGCAUGUAGCGACCAUGCUGCCGANUUUGAAGUUGAAUGUGAAGUAAUGAGUCGUAUUUGUCAUCGAAAUCUUGUCAAAAUCAUCACUUGUUGUUCUAGCUAUGAUUUUAAAGCACUAGUAUUGGAGUAUAUGCCCAAUGGGAGCCUGGAGAAAUGUUUGUAUUCUGACGACAAUGUUUUAGAUAUUUCACAGAGGUUGACCAUAAUGAUCGACGUUGCAUUAGCUUUAGAAUAUCUCCAUUUUGGUUAUUCAACCCCCAUUGUUCAUUGUGACUUAAAGCCAAGCAACAUCUUGUUGGACGAAAAUUUGGUUGCACGUUUGAGUGAUUUUGGCAUCACUAAGCUCUUAGGUGAAGAGGAGUCUAUGAUACAAACACAGACCCUUGCCACCAUUGGUUAUAUGGCGCCAGAAUAUGGAAGAGAAGGAAAAGUAUCCAAAAAAGGAGAUGUGUACAGCUAUGGUAUCAUGCUAAUGGAAACAUUUACGAGGAAGAAGCCAACAGAUGAAAUAUUUAUUGAAGAAAUGAGCUUGAGGAGAUGGGUUGGUGAAUCAUUAUGUAGCACAGUUAUGCAAGUCUUGGACACAAAUUUGCUAAGAAGGGAUGAUGAACAUUUCUCUAGCAAGGAGGAACUUGUGUCAUCUAUCUUCAGUUUGGCUAUGGAAUGUACAAGAGAAUCACCUGCGGAAAGGAUGGGCAUAAAAGAAGUAGCAAUAGGACUCAUCAAUAUUAGAGUCGAAUUUGCAAAAUUUAAAGUCAAUGAUGCACAGGGCUAUCAAAUUCAGAAAGAGAUGAAUUGAAGGCCUCUAUGUCAGUGAGGUUAUGUGUGAAGAUAAACAACAUUCUUGUUCUGCGACUUCGAUGACAAGUUCAUAAUUUAUGGUCAACUUUGCUCAAGAAGUACUUGUAAUGAUUUUUUUUAUUUUUUAAAAAAAAAAUUGAUAGACCUUAAUAUACUAAAGACAAAGUAUUGGGGGUUUGUAGAAUUUUCCUAUUUCUAAUAAAGAUGAAUUAUAUUUCCCU